AUGGGUACCCUAGCAGACGAGACAGGAUGCAUUACGCAGGGGAAGCUUGUCUGGACUGACCAGGCCUGGAGCGAGCUCUUCUUCCCCGCUAACGAGUCCAAUGGUACCCCGAGCCCGUUGCUGGAGACAGCGGAUGAGGCGGAGACUUCUCCUGCUCCAACAGUUCCGGCUGCUCUAUGGAGAGAACUGGCUAUGAUGGAGACCAACGGGCUCAGGGUGUUGGAGGAGAAAAUACUAUACGCCCGUUUCAUGUUGACAUUCGGCUAG